AUGGCUGGGAUCGCUGUACUGCUCGCUGUUUUUAAGAUUGUUUUGAUCCUCCAAAGAUGUAUGGCUCAACUCCUAGAACCGAAUUGCGGCCUCACUGGAAUAACCAACAAAAUAAUGGGCGGCCAGAAUGCUGAACAUGGGGCAAAUCCUUGGAUGGCUUACAUUUACAAGAUCACAAAACAAAAUGCAACUGAGUUUGUAUGUGGAGGAACUCUGAUUCAUAAAGAAUUUAUUUUGACCGCCGCUCACUGCAUUUUAAAUGACGAUAUACUUGCCGUGCGUUUGGGAGCAUAUUUUUCGCAGAGAAGAUCAGGUACUUCCAAAGAUUUUGCAGUUACCAAUGCCUUUCGCAAUAAACUAUACUCCUACGCGGAACAGAAUCACGAUAUUGGAAUGCUAAAGCUGAGUCCAGAGGUGCAGUUUAAUGCUUUCAUCAAACCUGUCUGCAUCUUCAGGGAUCCCAUACAAUUUCCCCAAGUGAGCACCUACAAGGCAACUGGUUGGGGGACCACGGAGUUCGAGAAAGUUGCGAGGGUUUUGCAAACAUUGGAGGUCAACGACCUGGACGCCACCGAAUGUUAUAAUGCACUUUGGUUCAGGGUAACCGAGAAGCAAAUCUGCGCAGGCCAUCCUGUUGGAGACACCUGUACAGGUGACUCCGGAGGUCCUUUGGUUCAACAGGUUAAUGUCAAUGGCAUUCAGAGAUACGUUCAGUUUGGAAUAGUUAGUUUUGGAGGUAGUGAAUGCCGAAGUGCGGGAGUUUAUACAAGAGUAUCUAGCUAUAUUGACUGGAUUCUAAGGGUUGUGAAUAAUUAUGCGACGCACAAGCGAAUUAAUCUCCAAUUUCGAACAAGGACACUAAUUUAA